AUGAACUCCACGCCCUACCAGCCUCUUCGAUCAUCCGAUGGUCAGAUCAGGUUGUUGAUACUUCAUCCCGCAUCGGAACACGACGCUCCUAUACAAUGCUUCCUUGAGCCAGCUAUUCUGUCUUCCAACCCCGCCUAUGAGGCUCUAUCAUACACCUGGGGCGAUCCCGGGAACGGCUCUAACAUCUCGCUCAGUAAUCACGAUUUUCUAGUCGGAGACAAUGCCGCUGCCGCACUCCGCAGGUUGCGGUGGAAGAAGAAAAAGCGAGUCCUCUGGAUCGACGCAAUAUGCAUCAAUCAGACCGACGUGGACGAGAAAAAUACACAAGUUCCCCUUAUGCAAAAGAUUUACGGACAAGCGCAAAACGUCUUGGUCUGGUUGGGUGAGCCUACCGAUGGAAGUAUUCUGGGCAUGAGACUACUCCAGAAUAGGAUGGCUAGUGUUGGCUGGCAUCAGUGGAAGAUUGACAAAGACUACGGCAAACCAACGCUUCCAUUUACCAAGUCUUUUAGAAGUUCUAUUGCGCUGAUGAAUCGUUCCAGAUUAAUACAGGAGCAGUCGAAUGGGGAAGUGCGCGAGCUUCUUGAUCGACCUUGGUGGCGCCGAACCUGGAUCAUACAAGAGGUCGUGCUGGCAAAGAACAUCCAGAUACUAUGCGGCGCCGAGGUCGUCACAUGGGAUUUAGUGGCAUCUCUGUUUAAACGGCUCAAGAUGACGCAGGCUGAGGUUCAGGUCUUCGGUGUGAAGCUGAGUGAUCGAAACAUAUAUCCUGAUCAGAUGUACAACCUUAUCUCUCGGUAUCAUCAAGAAUGGCAUUCGAACGGUGGAAGACUCGAUCUUUUGGACGUGCUAUACCAAUUCAGAACGUUAGAGUGCACAGUUGCGCAUGACAGGAUUUAUGGGUUUUUGGGUAUUGUACAUCCUGAUGUGGCUGCCAAGAUAAGCCCGGGAUAUCAUCUCGAUGUACCGCAGGUGUACCGUGAGUUCGCAAGGACUAUGAUACAAGUUACAAACAACUUGCAUGUACUGAACUGCACAAGAUAUUGGUCAGGCGUUGAUAUUGGCACUCCACAGCAAGAGGCAUACAGUAUCCUAGAGCAGUCGAGAUACUACGACAUCCAGGCUCUCAUUUCCGACGGACCAGACAAAAAUCCUAGAAGAGGCUGGGCAAGACUGCCUGAUGGCUGGGAGAGAAUACCCAGCAGGGACAGGUCACUCUUUCGAGACAAUAGGGACAGGACCAAACAGGCUUCUGAGUCGAGCCCUUUGGCGGGCGAGCAACCUGUGAGAGCUGAGCAUUUCAUCAAACAAAGAGAACUCCCACCAGGAUGGACCAAAGUCUGGGACAAUCUUGGCCGUGCAAGAGUGGUGUAUGGCGUUGGGGAGACGACGAGAGAGCAAAAGCUGCGAAAUGAAAGAGAGCUUCUUCGGCAGAAGCUAUCCAGAUUGCCGUCCUGGGUAGCCAACUGGGAGUGUCCAAGUCGAUGGGAUCCUAAGCCAUUUAUCACAUUCUCACUAUCGCAGCCUAGAUAUUCCGCGUCUGGAAGGACUACUGCGGCACUGAACUCUCAUCCUAAUCCACGGGUUCUGUCUCUCAGAGGUCAGAUUAUUGAUGAAAUCAGACAGCUUGGCCCCGUAUGGCAUCCCGAACCUGACAGGCCCCCCAUCUCCAGGAAAGGCAUCAAUUCUCUUGUUGAAUGGGAAAGUCUUGCCCUGAUUGAGCUUCCAGAUUGCCCGUAUGGUGGUGCUGAGGGUCGCACUCACGCCCUCUGGAGAACGAUGAUAGCCGAUUAUGCGGGUGCAGAAGCAGCUGACAGCGAUGACUGGGCUUACAUUGAGACAUGGUACGACCGGACUGGAUGGGGUCGUGAGCUCCCAGAUAUGGCAUCGAGAGGAGUAUUUGAGACGGUCACUCUUGAGGACGAAAUAAAGGAGCUCGAGGUUGUGAUGAAUGCCCAGUUUCUCCAGAUUAGACCUGUGCCUAAUCUGAGAACUCGCGAGAUUCUGAAGCAUCCAUUGGGGGAUUUCUCCCAUAGGAAGAAAAAGUAUGGAGGUUACAUCAAGCGCAUUUACGACGCCUGUGCGCAUCGCUCGUUGUUGGUGACUUAUGGGGGUUAUAUGGGAUUGGCGCCUUGGAAUGCGCAGAUCGGUGACAAAGUGGCUAUUCUUCAUGGCGGCGAGACGCCAUUUAUCCUUCGUAAUAUUAAGGGGACAGAAGACUUUUCUCUUGUAGGCGAAGCUUUUGUAUAUGGGCUGAUGGCUGGGGAGGGAAUGUCGGAUGCUUCUAGCAGAGCACGCGAGAUUAAUAUCUUGUAA